AUGAUACGAUUUAUGUGUGACGAAUGUAUAACAUACAUACAAAACGUCGACCUGGUGCUACAAGUAAUGCAGAUGAGUGUAAAAAAAAAUAACUCUAUAUUAAACGAAUACAAGAGCGAAUUCGAAGAAACUAUGAAAAAAAGUCAAAAUGAGAUAAAGUCAUUAUUGGAAGCAGUUGAAACGCGGUAUACACAACGUGUUGCAAUGAUGGAAAAAUCUCAGAAAUUAUUUGAAAAAAAAAUUGGAGACGUAAACAACUUAUAUGAAAUGGUUGAAGAAGUAAAAAACAAAACUGAAACAAUCGGCAAAGACAAUGAAAAGAUGCAUAGUGAAAUCAAAAAGCUGAACAACAACACUAAUGAAAUACAAAUGUCAUAUGCAGAAACUAUUAAAAACAAUAUAAAGAAAAAGGCAUUGCCAGAGUUAAAAAACGAUGUUGCAAUAAUUGUGAAACCCAAAGUAAAGCAAGCGGUUGAAAAAACGAAAAUAUAUCUGAACAGCAAAGUUGAUCCCAAAAAUUUGAAUAUUUCGAAAAUUGUAUCAAAAAAUAAUGGUGUAAUGGUGAUUCAUAGUCAAAAUAAUGAUGAACGCGAAAAAAUCAAAGAUGCCAUUGAAAAAAACAUUGGCAAAGAAUAUGAAAUAAAAGUGCCAAAUUCAAUUCGUCCAAGCUUCUUAAUUGCAGGAAUGAAUUUUAAAUACGAAAAUAGCGAUUUAAUAGAAUCAAUAAAGAAGCAAAAUAAUAACCUGAUCCAAGGCUCAUUGAAAGUAUUGAAGCAGUUUGAAAGAAAUCGAGGCAACAUAAAGGUGUAUAAUGCAAUCAUCCAAAUAUAUAAAGAGGAUUUUACAAAAAUUCUUGCCGCCGAGCGAAUAAAUAUCGGGUGGGAUAGAUGUAAAGUCUUCGAUGCUAUUAAUGUACUAAUGUGCUACAAAUGCAAAGGAUUUAAUCAUAAAUCAGCCGACUGUAAAAACGAAGAAGCUUGCCACAAAUGCCACGGAAAACACAACGAUAAAACAUGUGAAUAA